AUGUGUCGGUCGGCAAUGCCUGCUGGCUCGGCUUGGCCCUGGCCUUUCUUGUUGUCCCGAUGGGAACGACAGCCAAGGAGGAGAUGGCCCGCUUCUGGGAGAAGAACACCAAGUCCAGUCGUCCCUUGUCCCCUCACAUCACCAUUUACAAGUGGUCCCUGCCCAUGGCGAUGUCCAUCACACACCGGGGCACUGGUGUUGCGCUGAGCUUAGGAGUCUCCCUCUUCAGUCUGGCUGCCCUGCUGCUCCCAGAACAGUUUCCCCACUACCUGGCCAUGGUGAAGUCGCUCAGCCUGGGGCCUGCUCUCAUCUUCUCUGCUAAGUUUGCUCUGGCUUUCCCCUUCACCUACCACACCUGGAAUGGAAUCCGACACCUCGCCUGGGACAUGGGGAAAGGGUUCAAGAUCCCCCAGGUCAACCAGUCCGGCGUGCUGGUCCUGAUCUUGACCCUGCUCUCUUCUGCGGGCCUCGCAGCAAUGUGA